UUUAUAGUUCAUUCUUUUCAGGAUACGUAUUUUUUAAAUAUGUUUCAUAAGCAAGUGACUUGCAUUAUGUGUUUAAAGUGGAGUUUGCUAUUUUUCAUUCAAUUUGACAUAACUGUAAUUGUCAGUUGUUAUUGUGGUGGUAAGUCUUUAGAAAGAAUCGAAAACACAGCUAGUAUUGUAAUUUCGGGACACGUGAAAGAGAUAUUAGAUGAAAGGUACGAAGGGUAUGCAGCACACCUUGAAGUGAAACGAGUUUUCAAAGGAAAUGACUUAGUAAAUAAAGUUGUUAAUAGCAGUGAAAAUCAACUUUCACUCGACGUUCCCCAGAAAAUACUUUUCAGUGAAAACUACAAUAAAAUCUUACUCGUCUCCGGAUUUCGACUUUCGAAUGAUUCUGACUGCCAAAGCCAUAUUAAGAAAGGAGACACUCGGAUAUUUUUCUUGGAACAUACGACGACCCCCGACCAUGCAUUGAAUCUCAUUCCGCCAAUAGUGGCAAUGUCCAUGUAUUACAUUCAGAGGAUUAACGCCGCUAUUAAAGAUGUGCCGUUUGACGUCCCACCACCUACAAAAUCCCCAUGCCUCGGUUAUUUCUGUGCCUUCCACGCCACCUGUUUGGUAAAUGAAACAACGCAAACACCGUACUGCAAAUGUCUCGAAUCAUGUGUCGACAGUCUGGAGUUUCCGGUAUGCGGUUCAGACGGACGAACGUACGCGAGUUCCUGUCACAUUGAGCUACACAGCUGUACCUCACAGCGACGCAUCAAACUGCAGUAUGAAGGACCUUGCAACGAUCCGUGUGACGGAAUCAAGUGCGAGGGCAACCAAGUGUGCAAACUGGAUAGGGAUCGGAAGCCGUCGUGUUCCUGUGAGAGCAACUGCCCCGCCGUGGUGUCGCACGUAUGCGGUAGUGAUGGACAGACGUAUAGCAACGACUGUCUACUGAAGAAACAGGCGUGCACCAGUGGCCGAGAAUUACUGGUCGUUUAUGAUGGCAAAUGUAGAGAAAACCAAGGACCUUGUCGCGGUUUCACGUGUGACAACGAUGCAGACUGUAUAGUUAAAGACGGGCGAGCGACGUGUGAAUGCCCCGUAUGCAAUUCCCGUCCAUAUGAUCCGGUUUGUGGUACGGACGGCAUUUCAUAUGAAAACGAAUGCUAUCGACGUCAAGAAAACUGCAAAGAACGCCGUGACGUCAAAGUAGAACAUCGGGGCCUCUGCAUGGCAGCCGGCUGCGAUAAGGAUAGGUCCGUAUGUAAGCACUACUCAAUAUGUGAAAUGAGUGACGGUCAGCCGCGAUGUGUGUGCCCUUCCGAAUGUUCUCCCAGCGUUGCCAAGGUAUGCGGUACGGAUGGUGUAACGUACAACAGCGAGUGCGAGCUAAGGGUAGCUUCGUGCAAGAACCAACUGCCGAUUGUCAUUUCAUCCUUUGGAGACUGUAAGGCCUGCAAUGGUAUACAAUGCAAGUACGGCUCGGAAUGCGUGGAAGGCAAGUGCAUCUGUCCUCAGAUAUGUCCCAGCCAGUAUGAUCCGGUCUGUGCCACCGACGGAAACACCUACCGCAAUGACUGUGAACUGCGACAGGAAGCCUGCCGAAGGAACACAGGUCUUGAAGUUAGAAGUUCAGGGAGAUGCAGCGACGGACUAGAAUCAGGCUCCGGAGAUGGUUCUGGGUCCAUGAGGGACUGUGACGAGAGCACGUGCAAGUAUGGGGGCACGUGCUUGCUUGACAUGGAGGGCAGCUACGAGUGUCAAUGUGUCUUCAGCUGUGAUGCCAUUAGAUCACCGGUGUGUGGUUCAGAUGGUGUAACCUAUGGAAAUAAAUGCGAACUGCAGGCGAGCGCGUGUCGACAGCAAAGCGCAAUCGUGGUGCAGUCUUCAAAUAGCUGCGAUGAUAUGGACGAACUGCAAUGUGAUGGGGCCCCACCAAUCUUAGACUCGGCCUCUGGGUUACCGUUUCAGUGCUCCGUUGGUCAAGACUGCCCGCCUGGAAGCUACUGUCAUAAACGCUUUGGAAAAUGCUGCAGUGAAGUACCGGUACGCCCAAGCGAGGAUCUCUACUUUGUGGAUUGUACUGAGGGCGAGUUUGGCUGCUGUGAUGACCACGUGACAUUUGCGCCAGACAAGGACAAAGCCGGGUGCCCAGUAUACAUGUAUUUGACUUUGGAGCGAGACCAAUGCCAAUGCAGUCCUAUAGGAUCGUUAGCCGCCACGUGUCACCCAACCACGAAGCAGUGCUCGUGCAGACCAGGGGUGGGAGGGACGCGAUGUGACCGCUGCUUGCCCGGCUAUUGGGGACUGCAACUCAUUCAUGAGAACAACAAUGCUGGAUGCAUGCCUUGCGAUUGUAACCAUAUUGGCGCGUCACGUGACGACUGCAAUCAGAACACCGGGCGAUGUGAGUGCAGGGACAAGUAUGACGGUCACAAAUGUGGACGCUGCAGGGACUCGGGGCAACUCGUUGGGGACUUGGGCUGCAAUGGAGAAAUGUACAUGUUUUACGAUGCGUUUACACGGUACACGGAUGCACCGUAUACCACUCUGUCCCGGAAGACCCCAAGAGAUGUUGCGCCCAGUCAACAGAAGCCCAGCAUGACACCCAGGAGACCGAGCCCAACCACAAGACCGAUAUUACCAAACUUUCCAAAGGGAGAGGGUCGAAUAGCCGACAGAUGCCUCGAGGACAGCUCUUGCUACAUCGCCCAUAGUCACUGCCAUCUUGACCUGUGCAGAUGUGAUGAGGGCUUCAUUCCGACGUAUGAAAACACAGUGUGCUCAAGAGUUAAACAACACGACGCCGUAAUUCCGGAAGAAAUGGACACAUGCUCGUUGAAUCCAUGCCGCCAUGGCGGUAUAUGUCGACCGGAUACCGAGCUCGGUUACCGCUGUCUGUGUGCGUUGGGGCGGACAGGCGUCAUUUGCAGAGAAAGAGCCUCAUUUACAGUACCAUCUUUCUCCGGCUCCGCUUACCUGUCACUGGAUGUCCUCGGCGUUAUAUCCGGAAACAUCUUCUUGAACAUCACCUUCCGCUCAUUUAACAGCGACGGAAUGCUGUUGUUUGCAUCUCAGAAUAAAGAUGGCACUGGCCAGUUCAUAUCAAUAGCCAUGAGUGACGGUCUAGUUGAAUUCAGGUAUGACACUGGGACUGGGCCCAGGCAACUUCAACAUCCGUACCCAGUAUCCACUGAUACGAUGCACCAGGUGAUUGUCAAGAAAAUGGGGCAAAGCGUUAUUCUGAUUGUUGACAACAAAGAGCCUUUAGUACAGGCAGCCAUCGGCAAGGACAGCAACUUGGAUCUUUCUGGAACAUUAUUCCUUGGGUUCCUUCCCCACAAUAUGAGCUUUAUACAGGAGAAGAUUGGAGUUAACCUUGGCUUUGUUGGCUGUGUCCAAAGCCUGACUGCUGGACAGGUUGACAAAGCGAGGAUUUACAAUUUGCAGUUCCCCAGCAAUUUUACAAAUAUAUUGGACGGUCUUGACGUUGAUGCAUGUGAUAACAACCCUUGCCAAGCGCUGCCAUGCGCGAACGGUGGGUCGUGUAUAAUGGCCAGUUCGGAAAUACAUAUGUGUCUCUGCCCUAAAGGAUUCACUGGGGACAACUGUAAGGCCUCACUGACGGCCUGUCUGAACAGCCAGUGCCAUCCGAAUUCAACGUGCUCAGUGUCGAACAAAGGGGAGGUCAUCUGUCACUGCCCUCCAACAAGAGAGGGGCAAUUCUGUGAAUAUGAGAAAGUUCCUGAUAUGGAGGUUCCUGAAUUCCACGGCGACUCAUUUUUAGAGCUGGCAAUUACUGACAAUCUGUCCGAAAAGACGAAUAUUGAACUCUGGAUUCUUACCCGAGACCCAAAUGGUCUACUGCUGUACUCCAGCCAAUACUUUGGAGGAGGAGGGGACACCAUAUCUAUCAACAUUUUCAAUACUACGGUAGAACUGCGGUUAUAUUUAGGAGACAAUCCCUUAAUAAUAAGGAGUAGGGAUGAACUGCAUCUGAACGAAUGGCACCGCGUGAUUGUUAGACGCCAGGGGAAGCGUGCCGAGCUGAUAAUUGAUGACGGAGCUCCAGCGGUUGGGGAGUCCACUGGUACCCUGACGGAGCUCCAGCUGUCUGGUAACAUGCUUAUCGGUGGUUAUAAGGACAAAUACGACAUUAAUGCGGCGUCAGGGGUGACGUCAAGAUUCAAAGGCGUUAUUCAGAGGAUAUACAUCAACGGAAGGCUUGUCAGUAAUCCAAUUAGCUCCGCACACGACGAAUACCACGUGACCUUGUACACGGGGCCUCCCUGCAACCUCAACCCCUGCAUGAACGGCGGAGUCUGCAUCCCCAAACUUGACCUUGCCGAAUGCAAGUGUCCGACGAGAUACAUUGGACAGCUCUGUGAGAAAGUUGCAGAAAACUUGGAAGCCAAUAUGCCCGUUCGAUUCAACGGGAACACUCAUCUGCAAUAUCUGAAUGAAAUCUCAAAAGAACAAGAAGCUCAAAGGGACAACAAGUUCAAGUUCCGCUUCCGGACGGACGAGACCAGCGGACUCCUGUUGUUCCAGGGCGGUCGCGGCCCCACCGUGCAGAAUGACUACGUUGCCAUGGCGAUAAGAGGGGGAUACUUAGAGCUCAGUUACAACCUCGGGCGGCAGUAUGAGGAGAAUUUGCUGCUUGCAAAGUCGACUGUGUAUGUCAGCGACGGUAACUGGCAUACGGCGUUUGUUCGAAGGUCGCAAAGAGAGGGCGAGUUACAGGUUGAUAAGGAAUCUAUCAUUACUAUGAUGUCAGACGCAGGUGCCACGCAGAUGGAUACUGACGGGAUUUUGUGGUUGGGUGGCAAAGAAGACAUGCCGUCAGGGCUACCUUCGGAUUACUACCGGGGAUUCCGCGGUUGCAUAGGCGACGUUUAUAUUAAGGACAAAGAACUUCAUUUACUGAAACAUAGAACUGGCGUUGGUAGCGUCGUCGAGUUUUGUCAUUGAUCUGUGAUGUGUGUGAAGUUUUAUAUUUUAUUAUUAUUGUACAUUGUUAACUUUGAUAUCUCAGUUUUGCUUGAAACGAAUUUGCUUGUUGUUUCCAUUCAUAGAGUAGUCCAUAUACUUUAUUAAAGGAAUACCGGCUUCCUUUUGAUAAUAAUAAUAACAAAAACAAUACUACUACUACUAAUAAUAAUAAUAAUCAUCAUCAUAAUAAUAAGCAUAAUAAUAAUGCAACUAAACAAUUAUUUAACAAAUGCCAAAGGUAUUUUUCGGUUGUACAGUAAAGAUUGCCCUCCUCAAGACUAAUUGACAUUAUUCUCCUCAGGCUUCACUAUUUACUAUACCUCUGGACUAAUAAUGAUAUUUAUAUUUAUGGACAUUUGCUUUUAUAUGCUGUUUCGCAUUUUCUUAAUCUUAUUCAUUUUAAUGGUAAUUUUAAUAUCCAUUAUGUAUGACUGGUUCUGAUUAUAUGACCUCAAAGACGGCCAGUAUGCAUGUAUGCCCUGCAAGUAGGAAUUAAAAGGUCAUGUAAAUGAUUAUGUGAUAUAUCGCGCAGGACUUCGAGUGUAUUUUUUUUUAAAGUACAAGUAUUCAAUCAAUGUUACUGCAUAAACAAUACGUUUCUGAAUUAGCUGCCUGUGAAAAUAAAGAUGUUUUGAAGAUUUUAGACGUAUGUUAAGAGUACUGUUAUAUUUAUUGUAUAGACAGGUCAUGCAUACCAUCACAAGUGUGUGGAAUUUAAAUAUAAACUUACUUCUUACAAACCAUUCAUUUUUUGGCACGGAAAUUAUCGUUUGGUACAGCCAUCGUAUAUGUCGUUUUAUAUGCUACAUCAUAAAUGUCGUUGAUUACGCUAAUGCACUGUUGUGAGUGAAAAACCUAUGUGUUAAUGGAAUCCCGUUACUAUUAGUUUUGUUUGAUCCGUUUUAAAAUAUAUACCUCCACAUGUUGCAUUGCUGAAUUAUAUGUUGUUUCCCUAUUAAAAUGCAUGUUAAUAAACAUUCCAACUUGA